GUAGCUUCUGUAGUGUUGGUUUUGAUAUAGUAAGAUUUUAUUUUAUACUGCGCGAAGAUUUGACAUUAAUAUAAGACACUAAAAACUAAAUAAUAAGUUUGACCAAAAAAAAAACCAUGUGAACUCCUACGUUACGUUAUCAUAUCAUCCUUUUCUUGGGUAACCCAGUUAUCAUAUAAGCCUACGAGAAAAUUAGAAAACAAGAACUAAAUAUUAAUUGUUUUUAGCGAUAAUCAAAAGACCUAUAUCAAAAAAGAAGAAGAGAGCUGAUAUCAAUAUUUUAUCGACGGGUUUUGCCUGUAGCAAGUAAUAAACACGCUCGGUUUAAUUUUUGAGUGGACCUUGUGCAAGUUCUAACUUUUCAGAAACAAUAAAAACAAUUUGUAAAAUAGGGCCUUAAUUCUACAAAUUUGAAUCCUAAAUUCUAACUAAACUUAUUAAAAUUUUGGGUGGAUCCUGUGCAAAUGUGGUCUGUGCACAGAGCAAUAGCCGGCAGUGGUAAUAAAUAACGGAAAGGCAAUCAAUUUUACUAUAAACUUACAAGGGAUGGCCUCUUGGCCUCGAAUAUAAAUUAACAUUCUUACUUGUAUACAUAACAGUGGUUGGCACAUGGAAGUAUAGGAUAAGGUUUAUUUUGACUCUUACUUUUACUCUUUACAUGUUUGAAAAUAGUAGGAGUUUGGAAAACUACUCCUCUACUAGUUGGCUUUAUAAUUAUAGAAAUCAAUAGUACCAUAAAAAUAUUAUAUACAUAGAUAAAACUACCCAUGAGACAAAUUCUGAACAGUAAUAAAUUAAUUUAUUUUCCUUACUUCUCUUGGUAACGGGGAAAUGCUCUAUCAAAGUAUUGAUUAUCGAAUUAAAUAGAAAUGCACUGGGCAUAUGAGGGAACAGAUGAUUAUUAUUUGGUUCACACCAACUUUGCAGAUCUGAACAUAUUACACACUGUUUGUAUACAUAUUUAGAUUUGUAACCUGUAAUUGUGAUAAGGGUAAAAAGUGAUUGAUCGAAGUGAAAGUGGUCUUUUCACAUUUACAGAUCUUAAUAUAAAUAUAUACUAACGUUUGUAUAAUGUACUUUUACCUUUGUUUUUGUCUGUUUUUUUUCAAAGACAAUUUGAUAAAAUUUUAGUGUUAGUGGAUCUAAAUACGAUUUAUUGAAACGUUUAGAGAGAAAUAGAACUCACGUCAUCUAGUCUGUAAAGUUGUAACAAAUAUUAUAAAUUUUAACAUCAGAUUUAAAGAACUCAAGAAAAUUGGAUCAGUUUAAUUUUUUAACUAAUAAAUAAAAUUCAAUUUUGUAUAAAUUAGAGUCAAAUGAAUUAAUUAAACUGAAUUAUUACUAACUGAAACCAAUCACACUUACCAUAAAUUAAAUUACCUAUAUAAUUAUAAAUUAAUUAAUAUGUUUCUAUUUGUAAGCUAAACCUUGCUGGCCCAACAUUAAUUUAAAAUUUGUGGGUAACUAUAACCUAAGUGUUGCAGCUCAACAAUAUCUAACCUCAAUCUAAGAAAACCUUCUUAUCUAAAAAUAUAAUAAAACACACAAAAAAAUUAGAAAAAAACACAGAAAAUUAACUUAAUUAAACUGAUUUUUUUCAGUUAAAAAAAACUUGUGGACGUUCUGCCGAGUUUUCUGUAGGGAGAGAGAAUACAAAAUCUAUAAAUAAAAUUAAAGAAAAUAGAAAAAAAGAGAAAGAAAGAAUGAAACCGAUGGUUAUUAAAGAAGAGCAUGGUUUUAAAUGGGAGAGGCAACAAAUUUCAACGUUGCCUAAAAGAGGAAACCUCGUGAAAUAUGGCUUCUGACUUAGUAUUACAAAGCAUCGACACAAAACUGAUAAAGAAACAGAGAAUUGGAAAAAAAUAAAGACUCUGCCUGCAACUGCAACUGAGGAGAACUUAACACAUUGAUAUAAAAAUGUAAAAGGAAUAUAAAAAAGUGGAAUAAAAAGAACUUAUGUCAUUUUAUCAAAAAAGAAUUUAUGUCAUAACUUGUAACCACCAGCUGUAAUAUCCUUUCCUCUUUUGAAAAUUCUGCUUCUAAUUAUUCAAUGUGCUCUUCUCAUUGUCAAUUCCAUUUUAUUUUUAUUAACUAUUUUUUCAUUAUUUCCUCUCACUUUAUUUCCCUUGAGCUUGAGGAUAACUAAUGUAGAAAAGAUGACUGAAUGGAAAAACGAGGGUUGUUCAAAAAAAAAAAAAAGGAAAAACGAGUAUAUUAUAUACGUACUAUAAUUAAGAAGGUUAAGAUCUAAAAUAACGUACAUAAUAAAAGUUAGAAGAAUUUACUAAUCUGAAUAAUUACUCACAACCAUGUAACAUAUCAUAUAAUCUACAUUUUUUUUUGAAACUUAAAAUCACAUAAUCUACAUUUUAGAAUCUAUAUAUCAAUAUUUACCUUAAGAAGCUAAUAUCAAUAUCGUACCUCAAAGUUAUUUUAGUGUAUGUGCAUGCAACACCUAUAUACACAAACAAGUAAACCAAGAAAGCUAUAUCCUCUGUUGUCUAGCUUUCCCUUUUAAGAAAAUUAACUUGAAGUUGCACCAUCCGUUAUUCAUUAUACAUCUUUUUUUUUUAAAUCAAAUUUCAUUAUACAUCUACAUAUUGUUAAGAGGUCUUAUUGAAAGUGAAAUGUUUGGGAACAUAGGGUGGCAAAUAGGUGACUUCUUUAGUGUAAAAGAAGAUAAGAGAGAUCGGGGUUUAAAGGAAGAGCUCAUAAUGCACAUGCUCAUGCUUGCAUUCUCAUUAUUAUCAAAAUUUAUAUCUCUGGUUAGCUCUUUAUUAUGUUUCGUCCAUUAAAGUUUCCUAAUUUAGUAACCUUUUCUCUUCCUCUUGUUUCAAAUAUACUUUUCCUUUUUUUUGCUCUUUGUUUUGCUUCACAUGCACCUUCACAAACCGUGUGCAUGUAGAUGCAUCCAAAGUCAAACGGGAUACUCUACCAUUUUUAUUUAUCUACUCAAACUUUCUUUUUCCAUUAUGAUAUUUAAGGUCGUGUCAUCGUAGACCAAUCCAAGGCCUAAUAACUUAGAAAGUUUAUGUCUACGUCUGUAAUAACACUAACGCAUUUUGACGGUAUAUGGGCCCUAAGUACAUAAACAGGCCCAUCGUCAGUCGACGCCUAAUAGGAACAUCCCCAUGCCAUAGGAGUUGACCAACUGAUUCAGUCUGACAAGUUAAGCCGCACAGUGAGAUUCGUGGAGGAGAGAUUGGCUGAGACAAUGGAGAGUGACAAAAGAUGGUCCCUCGCUGGAAAAACCGCUCUAGUAACCGGCGGUACUCGUGGUAUCGGGCGAGCAAUAGUUGAGGAACUCGCAAGAUUCGGUGCAACAGUUCAUACUUGUUCAAGGAACCAAGAAGAGCUAAAAGCAUGCUUGGAUGAUUGGAGAUCCAAUGGUUUAACGGUAUCUGGUUCGGUCUGCGAUGCUUCCGAUAGGGAUGAGAGGGAAAAGUUGAUGCAGCAAGUUUCCUCUGCUUUUAGCGGCAAGCUCAACAUCCUUGUAAACAAUGUUGGAACUAAUGUAUGGAAACCAACAGUGGAGUACACGAGUGAGGAUUAUGCAAAAGUCAUGUCGACCAACUUUGAAUCCGCUUUCCAUUUUUCCCAAAUCGCGCAUCCUCUUCUGAAAGCAUCUGGGGUCGGAAGCAUUGUGUUUGUUUCCUCUGUAGCUGGCCUGGUGUAUGCUAGUGCUGGACCUAUCUAUGGUGCAACAAAAGGAGCACUUAAUCAGCUUACAAGGAAUCUAGCUUGCGAGUGGGCAUGCGGCAAUAUCAGAACCAACUCCGUGGCGCCAUGGUACAUCCAGACCUCAUUUGUUGAACCGGUACUUGAGAAUAAAGAGUUUAUGGACGCCGUGGUUAACCGGACCCCACUUGGUCGAGUUGGAGAACCAGAAGAAGUUGCUUCGCUGGUUGCUUUCCUCUGCCUUCCCGCUGCCUCUUACAUCACCGGACAGGUCAUUGUCGCUGACGGAGGAUUCACAGUCAACGGUUUCAAUUACGUUGUGUAACCACAACCUCUUAUCGCAACUUUAAUAAUAAUGCAAGAACCGGUUAGUGAGUGCGGUUUCACGUUGGUCUUGUUUGGCGUCUUUAAACCUGUAGUGACAUUCUCGCAUUUGUAUUUUUCAACUUCUGUUUAGUGACUAAACCUUACAAACAGUUCAGAGUUUGUUUUAGAGGUC